AAAGCACAAGGGGAAAAUGCCGAGUUACUUUAAGGCUGAGCCUUUAAUGAGCUUGUGAGGAAGUGGAAGUGUCACAGGGCUAUCACAUUUCGCAGGCGCACGUCAGUCUUUUUUUACAAACAGAAACUACUGCACAGAAUCAUGAUCAGAGACCGUGCGGCGGGGCUGAAAUUUGAAACACCAGCUUUUCUCCAGCUAAUGGCUGGAGCAUUGUGACUUUUUCAAAGAUCCCAGAGGUUUACUCGAGCUGUGGUUCAGACAUUACCACUUGCUGCUUCUAGCGCGAUUCGGUUCAGCGAGCAGCAGAGACCACGGUACGAGGAGGCAGCCAGUGCCCGGGAGUAUGGUCUGGCCCAGCUCUCUAUUACACACUCCAAUUUCCUGACCUCCCAUCUUCAAGCUCUUUGUAAUGUAUGAUGCCACCCAAAGGUAACAUGAGAAAGAAGCUUCCUGAUCCUCUCCCUGAGGGCUUGAUCCUGACGGAUUCUGAGAAGAAGCAGUGGAAGCUUGGGAAAAUUAUUGGUAAAGGCGGAUUUGGGCUGAUACACUUGGCUUCUCAUGCCACAGAGAGGAAUGUUGGGGAUGAUGCGGUAUAUGUAAUUAAAGUAGAGCACCAGGAUAAUGGACCCUUGUUCACGGAGCUGAAAUUUUAUCAGAGAGCAGCGAAAUCUGAGCACAUAAAGAAAUGGAUGAAGGACCACCAGUUGAGUUUCUUGGGAAUUCCUACUUACUGGGGAUCAGGGUUGGCUGAACACAAUGGGAAGAGCUACAGAUUCAUGGUUUUAGACAGACUCGGCACAGAUUUGCAAAAAGUGAUGGAAGCAAAUCGGAACCGGCUGAGUAAAGCAACUGUUUUGAAGAUAGGCAGUCAAUUGCUUGAUGUUUUGGAGUUUAUUCAUGAACAUGAAUACAUCCAUGGUGAUAUCAAGUCAGCAAACCUGCUUCUGGGCUUCAGAAAUUACAAAGAGAUUUAUCUAGCAGAUUAUGGACUUGCCUUCAGGUACCAUCCAAAUGGAUCUCACAAACAGUAUGAGGAGAAUCCCAAGAAAGGUCACAAUGGGACCAUUGAAUUUACUAGUAUAGAUGCUCACAAAGGUGUAGCCCCAUCCAGACGAGGUGACCUGGAAAUCCUUGGCUACUGCAUGCUACAGUGGCUGUGUGGGAAGCUGCCCUGGGAGCAGAGCUUGAAGGAUCCUAUAGCAGUCCAAGGAGCCAAAAUCAAACUUAUGGAAAACCUUCCGACCUCUGUGAAUCAGUGUUUUCCCUCUGGAUGUGAAAGCAGUGAAAUAAUUAACUAUUUGUCUUAUGUGAGCACCCUGAAGUAUGAAGAAAGGCCACACUAUCAGAAACUACACAACAUCUUGUUAAACAAUCUGGAAGCCAGUCGAUCUAAGUACAAGGAUCUCAGUGGAUUAGAGUACACGGAUUCUUUGCUUUUGUUUGAUACGGAAAAUUUUGAGAACAUACGCCCAAUUCAAAAUACAGCUGUACGAAGACCAAAACCAACAAGACACACAGUACCUGCACAAAUAUCGAUUAAAGAGAAAAGUAACACUUCACAUAAUUUUGAACAUCCAGCACCACUGAGACUCAGGGAUAGGAAACUAGAGGUCACAAUGACUGUUCAAAACAAAGCAAGAAUAACUGGUCCAAUUGAACCGUCAAUGGCGUCUCAGGUCAGAGAUAGGAAACCAGAGGUCACAAAGACUGUUCAAAACAAAGCAAGAAUAAUGGACCCAACUGAAUCUUCAAUAAGGCCUCAGGUCAGGGAUAGGAAACCAGAGGUCACAAUGAUUGUUCAUAACAAAGCAAGAAUGACUGGUCCAAUUGAACCUUCAAUGGUGUCUCAGGUCAGGGAUAGGAAACCAGAGGUCACAAUGACUGUUCAAAACAAAGCAAGAAUAACUGGUCCAAUUGAACCGUCAAUGGCGUCUCAGGUCAGAGACAGGAAACCAGAGGUCACAAAGACUGUUCAGAACAAGGAAAGAGUAAUUGGCCCAACUGUACCUUCAAAAGUGCCUCAGGAUCAAAUCCGAAUAGAAUCAGACAUCUUCCAUUAUGGUAGUGCAGUCUGUGUCUUGAUCUCAUUAAUUAUCCUUGUACUGUUGUUUUUUUAAGUACUGUACAAAGUACCACGGGUGUCUGUUUCUAUAUCCUGUAACAGGUUAACCUUGCAGAAAACUGACUGCCAUCUUUGAAUAAAGCUGUUGAGUCAGCAAAUUAAUUUUAGCAAAUUUAAGGAGUUUAAACAAUUAUACAUUGGAUUACUAGUUUACGGUGACUGAAUGAAUCUGAUUUAGUUUUUAUUACAUGGGGUUUUGAAAUUGUUUUUAUUAGAAGGAUUGCAUUCGCUACUUUGCAGUUUUGGCAAAUUAGUGGUUGUGAUCGUGGUAUACAUCAAAUGAAGGCUGUCAAAUCAUCAGAUAUACUGCCAGGUUAACCUGCGCACAAUUAUGAGUAGAUUAAUAAGGUUGUUAAAUUGUGGAUAGAUUGCCAACUUCAUAGAAAUGAGACAUUUUGUUUACAAAUAUCCAGAGCAGGAAUCUUCACUCUUCAGUGGUUAGGGUUUCUUGAUAGUCAUCUUUACUGUAAUUGGCUGAAGAAAGGAGGAGAAAAAAAUCAAGAACGGAGACUUCCUUGCACUACUUUGUUAUUGUUUACUGUAAAACAAUGUGAUAACGAUUCAAUUUUUAACGAUUGCUGUAUGAAAAAUUAAUUGAUUUCUUUGGGUAAAGUAAUUUGAGAACUCAGACUAAAACAAGUCCUUGAUUAUGCCAAAAUAAUGUCGAUCUUCUUGCUUAUAUGGACCGAAUGCUAAUUUUUAAAAUAAGAAACCAAUCCUGGAAUGCAGUCUGUUUAUUUGCUUAUAGCUUGACAAAAAGUAUGCAGCACUCUAUACUCUCAAUACUAUUGCUUUACUUCCUGAUUGGGAUUUAAUUCAAUUUGCAUCUAAUUGUGCAUUAGUUAAGAUAUAUAAGGUCAAACAAAUGAUCUUAAACUUCUUUCCAAAAAUGUACAAGACAUGUAAAAUGCAGUCCCUCUAAAUGCUGCAAAUGACAAAAA